GAAUGUCUGACUACAUCCGAAAGCUUCUUUUAUGCACCUUUAUAAAAAAAGCCUCGAAUAACAGCGUUAUACGGCGGUUCGCUCAUAGCCUUGUGCGUCGAGAGCGUGUCUUCACGGGUGAGUCAAUGAGUGUUUUAGUAAAUGCAACAGCAAAGGAAAUUCAGUCUGAUCUAAACAAUAUUUUCGGAAAAUUAUUUCCGAAAAAGGAUACCAAGGAAGAAACAACAGGGCAUAAUUCGAAAGUUCUUUCAGGGAAGGAGGAUUGUCGAGAUCAAAAGCGGCAGUAGUAAUAAUAGAGAGGCUGUAUGAACUGCAAGAAGAGUUGCGCAAAAAAAAAAUAGAUUCCAUGUUUUCAGCGCUUGAAUUUUCAACGAUAGAUUAUUCCUUUUAUAAUAUUUUGUACGUUCGACUUUGUGCUAUCGUUACUACAUUAUCAUUGUUACGAUUUUUCACUUUACCAUUGAACUACAUAUUGACUAAUAUUCUAUUAUUAGUCAAUCUAAGUUUCAACGUUUUUUCUAAAGUUAUAGUUUUCUGAAAUUUCCGUGUAGUGAAUUGUAAACUAAUGGAAUUUGUUACGUCUAAUGUUGGCUGGUGGCUACUUUAGCUUGUAUUUCUGCCUGCUGUGGUGAACGAUGCGAGGGUAUGGUGAAUAAUCACUUAGCUGGCAUGGGUCAAUGCACUAUUAUGCCAAGAAAUCUACUCAAUACGAACGGUUGAGCCGAGUAUGUUUAAUAUAUUCUUGCUUGGUCGGAGGAACUUUGGGGGUCGUGAAAAUUUCUUCCGCUAGACGGACUUGGUGCGUAAUGGAACAAGAAAUGUGAUAAUCUUUACAAUCAACAAAA